UUGCCUCUGCGCCCGCCAACCCGGCGGGGAAGGGGAGUGCCCGGCCACCCCUCACUCCAGCUCCUGCAGCUUUGCAAACACUCCAGGGCGGGAUGGGAGUGUCUUCUUGGCGGUGGAAAUCGAUCCUCCUACCUUGUCCUGAAGCCACCCGCCGCCUUUCCCCGUCCCUCCCUCCGCGGUGAUUUUCCGGCCCCGGCGCCCGGGGAGGGCGCGCGGUGGAGUCCGCCCCGCCCGAAAGGUAAGCCAGCCAUGAGAGGGUAUCUUGUGGCCAUUUUCCUGAGUGCCGUCUUCCUCUAUUACGUACUGCAUUGUAUAUUAUGGGGAACAAACGUCUAUUGGGUGGCACCUGUGGAAAUGAAACGGAGAAAUAAGAUCCAGCCUUGUUUAUCAAAGCCAGCUUUUGCCUCUCUGCUGAGUCAGAGCUCUGCAUAUAUUUUAAGAAAAGGCAUUGAGGAAUUCAAUCAAACCAGUAUUCUUUUCACACAGGUUUCAUCAGUUUCACCCUUUUCUGUGUGCAGCUGAUUUUAGAAAGAUUGCUUCCUUGUAUGGUAGCGAUAAGUUUGAUUUGCCCUAUGGGAUGAGAACAUCAGCGGAAUAUUUUCGACUUGCUCUUUCAAAACUGCAGAGUUGUGAUCUCUUUGACGAGUUUGACAACAUACCCUGUAAAAAGUGUGUGGUCGUUGGUAAUGGAGGAGUUUUGAAGAAUAAGACGUUAGGAGAGAAAAUCGACUCCUAUGAUGUAAUCAUAAGAAUGAAUAAUGGUCCUGUUUUAGGACAUGAAGAAGAAGUUGGGAGAAGGACAACCUUCCGACUUUUUUAUCCAGAAUCUGUUUUUUCAGAUCCCAUUCACAAUGACCCUAAUACGACAGCAAUUCUCACAGCUUUUAAGCCACAUGAUUUGAGGUGGCUGUUGGAAUUGUUGAUGGGUAACAAAAUAAACACUAAUGGUUUUUGGAAGAAACCAGCCUUAAACCUGAUCUAUAAACCUUAUCAAAUCAGAAUAUUAGAUCCUUUCAUUAUCAGAACAGCGGCUUAUGAACUGCUUCAUUUUCCAAAAGUGUUUCCCAAAAAUCAGAAACCCAAACACCCAACAACAGGAAUUAUUGCCAUCACACUGGCAUUUUACAUAUGCCAUGAAGUUCACCUAGCUGGUUUUAAAUACAACUUUUCUGACCUCAAGAGUCCUUUGCACUACUAUGGAAACGCUACCAUGUCUUUGAUGAAUAAGAACGCAUAUCACAAUGUGACUGCAGAGCAGCUCUUUUUGAAGGACAUUAUAGAAAAGAACCUUGUAAUCAACUUGACUCAAGAUUGACUCUACAGACUCAGAAGAUGAAGCUAACAGUGUUAGUUUUAUUUUUGUACUGCAAUUUUUAGUUUAAAAUACAUUGGAUGCACUCAUCAAAUAAUUAUGUAUUAUAUUGUCUGUUGCUGCCUGGUGAUUCAUAACCACCAGCUUAAUUUCUGUGAAUACCAUAUAUUUAACUUAUGAAAACCAAGAAAUGUUUAGUGACGGUAUCAGGAAAAUGUUUUGAUUGCAUUGUGUUUUUAAAAUAAGCUAGUUUUCUGAGGUGUUUUUACACAUCUUUUUAUAGUUACUUCAUCUUGGACUUUUGAAGGGAUAUGACUUCUACUGAGGAUUUAGUUUACCACAACAAUCUUGACUAUAAUAAGACAUUUUCAGAAGUAUAUUUGGCUACUGUAAACAUGGCUGGUGGGGAAUCACACAUGGCUUGAUGUGGCAAACUGAAACCACUUGGCUAUGGAAAUGUAAGUUCAUACUGGUUUAAUUAAGCUCUCCCCGACAACCCCAGGAAUUAAAUGAACCAUGAUUGUGAUGAGUAAUCUGGUACAAUGAAGCAAGUGGUGGUAAGUUAAAGGAAAUAGGCUAAGCAUAAAGUUCUGGUUAAGUAUAUAACUAAAGAAUAGAAUUACUACAGUCUGAUGGCUUUGUAUUAUUUUAAAGACAUACAGUUUAAUUUUAUACAAUGAAGCUAAGCUAGACAAACUCAAGAAGGAAAGAAAAAUCUUGAACUUUUUUUUUUUUUUUUGUCUGGUUUAUUCAUCAAAUUUUGAAGGUUCUCCACUUGGAAGUAAAUUAGGAAAGGUAAAGAAGACAAAAGAACAAGUAAACACUUAAGAAAAGUCAAGCUGAGGCUGGGCAUAGUGGCUCCCACCUGAAAUCCUAGCACUUUGGGGAGACAUGGAAGGUGGUCAGAUUGCCCGAACAGGAGUUCAAGACCAGCUGGGCCAACAUGGUGAAACCUCUUCUCCACUAAAAUACAAAAAAUUAGCUGGGCGUGGUAGUGCACGCGGUAGUCCACGCUACUCAGGAGGCUGAGGCAUGACAAUCACUUGAGCCAGAGAGGUUGCAGUGAGCCGAGAUUGCGCCACUGCACUCCAGCCUGUGUGACAGAGACUAUCGUCUUUAAAAAAAAAAAAAAAAAAAAAUCUCAUUUUCCCAUGAUUAAAGCUAAUCUUCAGAUGGAAAGCUUGCCUGGCUACCUAGGGUGCACCAGAGAAUCUGAUCCAAUGCAAGCCAGUCAAUCCUACAAAUGUGGUAAGCUAGUCUCCUUAAAUUUUACUACAUAUAACCAAAGGCCAUUUGGAGGUGGGGGAAUGAGAGGUGAAGGAACAGAACUUGUAUGGAUGGAAUAGACCUUGUAAGGAUGAAACUAAAAGAAGUUGUUUGAAGAUGUUAUGAGCUAAGAAAGAAUUACUGUCUUUUGAACAAUAAAUAUCAUUGGGAAACACUGGAAAA